CACUCUCAUCCACAAUUGGACUCCACGAAGAAAAACAAGCGCAAAUUGGAAACAAAACGUCUUUGAACUAUGUAAAAGUAGCAAAUGCAGCUGAUACGUCAAUAGGAUGAAGACCGAGAAUGAGGACUACCCGGUUUACCAAAGCAUCGUGUUGAAGGAUGCCGCGCCUUAUCAGUACAUGAAAGUCUGCCUAGAGUUGGAGAAUAAAUCAACCAAAGUGAUUGCGGUUGACUUCAAGCAGUUCAUCAUCACUGGAUUGAAGAGUCUCCAUGGAGAGGUGGGUGCGGCGUUGCAGUUUGAUGUCCUGAAAUACGACGAAGAUACCCUCACUGCUUUUCUGCGUGUAUCCAAAAGUGGUUUGGUGAAGCUGUGGAGCUCAUUGACUCUGCUGGGCCGCUACAAUAAGCAGAGCUGCGCCUUUCGAGUGUUGCAGGUGUCACCGUUCCUGCUGUCGCUGACCGGAAACAGCCGCGAGCUGCAGCUGGACUGACGAACGCCACGAAAAAUGUGGAAUCGGGUUCGAACUCUAUUCCCUUGCUCCGUCUUGACAUCCGCUGUGCGGCGGCUCCACGUGGGCCAA